UUCCAUCCUGAGGUCGCAGGCAGACACUGGACAUUACCAUAUAUUGACAAUUCCAGAUAACGACUGUGACAUCCGAGGCGUCAGGACGUCUCACUGAGAAUGUCCUUUUCCUAAGACCACCACCACGCCUCGGCGACGACGAGCCUCCCCUCACCUCAUUUUUCCCACCUGGGCCGAGACCACACCCCUUCCAAACUCGCCGCCUCGAACACCUGCGUCGCAAGCAUACCUCCUCAUGAUUGAAACGACGACACUCUUCACAAAGCCAAUGGCUGACACGGUCGCAUAUCGAUCUAAUCCCACACAUGGCCCCUCGGACAGGCGCAGAUCGGCCUCUUCCACUUCGGGUUCCCACAAGUCCUCCAUCUCCCACGCCGCUUCGCACUACAAAGUCUCGUCGCAAAGCUCUCUAGCCCCUCCCUCGCCUCGAGGUUCGCGCCGGUCGUCGCAAAGAGUAUCUACUGUUCCUGAAGAUGGCCCCUACCGGCCAAAGAAGCGACUCAAGUCACAAUAUCCACUACAUUCGAGCGAGCCUCAUGUUGAGUACAUUCUGGUCGCAUCAUUCGACAUUGACCGAGGCCCGAUCAUGGAACACCAGUUUCCUGGUGCCAUCAGUCCAGAUGAGAAUAUGCUGGCAGAAUUGAUGCUUCCAGACCAGACGCAUGUUCGCCAGCAGGAUUGGACGAUGUUUUUCCUUCACAAAGAUGCUGGCACAAGUGAAGAAGAGGAAGCCGAAAAAGAAGCCAGACGACAGCAGAGAGCUUCCAGAAGUCGGCUCCGGGAGGAGAUGGCAGCAGUAGGCGUUACAGAUGAAUAUGACGACGAAUCGAGCAGCGACGAGAGUGAUGCUGGUGGAACCGACAAUCCUCCAUUGAUGUAUGUCUUAAACUUGGUCAAUACCAAGCAAGACAGCACUGUCAAGAGAGGUGCCGUGGUGAAGGCCAUGGCUAUAUGCACGAGGCACUCGUUUUUGCACAUAUACAAGCCGUUGCUGUUGCUGGCUCUCGAGGACUAUUUCAAGUCGCCAACACCAGAUACGUUGGAGCUGCUGUACAACGCGCUCAACGCCAUGGACCUGUCGUUGAUGCCUCGGCUCUCAAUGCUCGAGCGACACAUCCUCCAAGCAAGCGACACCAAGGAUAUGUUUGUGGAAAAAUUCGAACAGAUGAUUUCACAACGAGUGGCCGACGAGGCUUUCAGCAAGGCACUUGAAGCUCCAGACUCUCCAACAAGGGCCGAAUCAAACUAUACUGUUCCCCGUGACACUCAUGAGUUCGAGUCGAAGAUAGUCUACAAUGGUAUUCCAAUCCCUGUCAAGAUCCCAACUGCACUGUCUCCUGAGACGGUAGGAGACUUCUCCCUGAUCAAGCUUGUUCAGGUCUUCGGCACCCCACAUCUUUCACAACCGCAGCCCCUUGCACUACACCCUCACCUCACCACCUCUGGAGCAUACACCCACCCGGUCAUCGUUCUGAUCAACGCCAUGCUCACUCAGAAACGAGUCAUCUUUCUUGGUCACAAUCGUCCUUCAGGCGAGGUUGCGGAAGCAGUACUCGCAGCGUGUGCUCUUGCAUCCGGAGGCAUUCUGCGUGGAUUUACCCGACACGCAUUUCCAUACACCGAUCUGACCAAAAUUGAUGAAUUGCUGAAGGUACCGGGCUUCAUAGCGGGAGUCACCAAUCCUGCGUUUUCAUAUCAUCCUGAAUGGUGGGAUGUGCUGUGCGAUCUGCCGUCAGGGAGGAUCAAGAUCUCCUCCUGCAUCGAAGCUGCCCCAGUCACUGAAGGCACCACGUACUUCCAGCAGCACGGGCAUAUAAUGCUAAACCAGAAAGACGCAGCCCACGCUGAUGCCACUGGAGACAAUCAUUUCAUUGAAGACAUAACGCGAAGCAUAGCAUCGAGAGCUGGAGAAUCCAUCAUUCGCGCAAAGUUCCGAGCCUACAUCACCAAAUUCACUCGCAUAGCGGCGGCAUUCGAAGAGACCGUGUAUGGGGCGAGCAGUCUCAACGUGCUUCCUCUGACGGAGGUGGACAAGGUCGUGACGCCUUCUUCAGCCACCGCUCCUCCCCGGCCGAUGUCGCUGAGGACUUCAAGCCAGAAUUUGAAAGGCCACGGCUAUGUCUGGUCUAGCGAGGAGGCCAAGAUGCGGGAGCUUGCAGCUUCGGCAGCAAGGAUUGAAGGGUGGAGAAACACGCGGUCAUAUCAUUCUUUCAUCCUUGAUCUGGCGUCUCAUUCACAGGACGCCGCAUCUCCUUCCUCUCCUGUCAGCAUGAGCAAGAUGCUUGCGCGAGAACCACUCAGACCCUAUGUGGAUCUUUAUCACUCGCUCUCCAAGCUUCGAAUGCUACGCCUCACGCCGACAGAAGCGGGUGCGAUCUAUCUUGCCCUCGAAGCGUAUUGUACCGACUACGAGAGUAUUCUCGAACUACUAGAGAUGGCUCCAAUGUCAGAAGCCGGGCUUUUUUACGUCGGCCUCGGACUUUGGCAUGAAGACCAGAGAGUCAGAAGUGCCGUCGUCACUCUUCUAGACCGGAUCAGGAAACACCCGGCCGGGCGAGUAUUCUUUGGACGGCUGGGUGGAUGGGCCAACACGGGCUUCAACAGGUGCUUGCAGGAGAAGGAGGCCAAAAUCCGUCGGCACCAACAGGAGGCCGAGGACAUGAUGGCUCCUCUGACGAUCCAAGCAGAGAGCCGACGCAGUUAGCAUUUUGGCUGUUACUCUGUAUGCUGUUACUCUGUACAGUAUGUAAGAUGUUAUGAGGCGCAGCAGUGUCGGUAGAAAAUGUCCAUCAGAGGUCUAGACACACUACAGAGUACUAUGGCACAAGUAGAUCCAUAGAUCCAUG